AUGACAUUUCGUACUAGAGCUGAAAAGAGAAUGAGGAAAUUCCUCAUUGAGCAAUUAAAAGCUCGUGUGCAACAUGGUGCAAGAAUAGCUGAAGGUAAAAAAAGUGCUGAAGAUUUAGUCAAGAAUGAUUUGGGUCCACAAGUUUUUGUAUUUAGAAAUCUUUUCAGUGGUCAAGUUUUGUAUUCUCCGGUUCCAGCUUAUCAUAAUGAUCAAAUCAACCAACAAUUUGUUAACCCAAAUUGGCAAAACAGAAAACCAUCAAGAAGACAAGAUUUAUGGAAAAUUAUGUGUGUUGUAAAUUUUGAUAACUAUGAUUAUGCCACUGCAGCAUACAAAGGGUUGGUUGAUUUAAGACGUGUUAGAGAUACCUAUCAACGAAAGGAAGCCAACAGCAUGAGAAAGAAAAGUGAAGAUGGUCAUAUCUGGCACAGUGGUCAAUACAGACCCACUUAUACCCAAGAAGCAGUUGCUGACUUGACUCAUGUGAUAGAUGAAUUUGAAUUAGAAGGAACCACAAUAUUUUGGGCAAAUGAAUGGCAUAAAGGUGAUGAAAAGUACUGGAGACACGAUUUGGUUGAACACCAAAAGUUACCUGUUCAUAACCCAAAGCAUCAAAGUGUCUUGCUAGAUGUUAUGAGAAAGAAAGCUAUUGAGGCUUUUAGAGAAAAGACUACUGAAACAGUAGAACCAGAAGCUGCAUAA